GUACAAAAUUUACGGUCUUGCCACUCUCGUCUUGCUGCCUCUUCUUCGUCUCCCUCGACUUCGAGUUUACAGCAAUUUAGAUUUUAGGGCUCUUUCUUGAUUCAUUCUCGAACUAGAGAAUUCGUGUGUAGUUAUUAUGUUGUCUUCACUGUUACAUUUCAAUUUGGAUUCAGCUUCUCUCCAUCCCUUCUUGUGGUUGUGUUACUAAAUUUUGUAGACUGAUGUUUAGGAAACGGAACUUAGUUCUAGAAUCGUUGCGUCGACUCGAUGUAAGCAACGUAGAAACCCUAAUUUCAAGGGUCUUGUGUAGCCGCACCUCAAAUUCGGUUCUGUUCUGCACUAGUGGUGUUGAACCUGGUAGAUUAAGCUGGGAAGUUUCUUCUCAAGUGAUACUCAAGAAGAAGCUCGAAACAGCUCUUAAGGAUCACCGUGUAGAUGAAGCUUGGGACGUGUUUAAAGAUUUCAAACGGCUUUAUGGGUUUCCCGAUAGUGUAAUUAUGAAUAGGUUUGUUACUGUGUUGUCUUACUCGUCUGAUUCUGGUUGGCUUUGUAAGGCUAGUGAUCUGACUCGUUUGGCUUUGAAGCAAAAUCCAGGUAUGUUAAGUGGAGAUGUUUUAACUAAGUUGUCGUUGUCUCUAGCGAGAGCUCAGAUGGUUGAAUCUGCUUGUAGUAUUCUUAGAAUAAUGCUUGAGAAGGGUUAUGUGCUAACCUUAGAUGUGUUGAGGCUUGUUGUGAUGCAUAUGGUGAAAACUGAGGUGGGGACUUGCUUAGCUUCGAAUUAUUUGGUUCAGGUUUGUGAUCGUUUUGUGGGAUUAAAUGUGUCGAAACGAAAUAGCAGUCCCGGGAAUGUUGUGAAGCCUGAUACGGUCUUGUUUAAUCUUGUACUUGGUUCUUGUGUGAGAUUUGGUUUAUCUCUCAAAGGUCAAGAACUUAUUGAGCUGAUGGCUAAAGUUGAUGUCGUUGCGGAUGCGUACUCGAUUGUGAUCAUGUCUUGCGUGUAUGAAAUGAAUGGUAUGCGGGAUGAGUUGAGGAAGUUCAAGGAGCAUAUUGUUCAGUUACCGCCUCAGGUUCUUUGUCACUAUCAGCAUUUUUUUGAUAAUUUGUUAAGCCUUGAGUUCAAAUUUGAUGAUAUCGGUUCUGCGGGUCGGCUUGUCUUAGAUAUAUGCAAGAGUAAAGACUUGGUUUCAGUUCAUGAUCUUGGAUUUGAUUCUGAAAAGCCUCGGGUUUUGUCUGUUGGGUCUCACCAUAUCAGAUCCGGGUUAAAGAUCCAAAUUUCACCCAAGGUUUUGCAGAGAGAUUCAUCACUAGGAGUUGACACUGAAGCAACAUUUGUCAAUUAUGCCAAUUCCAAGCUUGUUGUCACAAACAAGACUCUUGCCAAGUUAGUUUAUGGGUACAAGAGACAUGAUGAUCUCCCUGAGUUAUCAAAGCUUUUGUUUUCGCUGGGUGGAUCCGGUUUAUGUGCUGAUGUGGUUGAUGCUUGUGUUACUAUUGGUUGGUUAGAAGCUGCUCAUGAUAUUCUUGACGACAUGGUUUCUGCUGGUCAUCCCAUGGAAUUGGCCACUUAUAAAAAAGUCCUGUCCGGUUAUUACAAGAGCAAGAUGUUGAGAAAUGCAGAAGUUCUUCUGAAACAAAUGACCAAAGCCGGUCUAAUUACAGAUCCAUCAAAUGAGAUUGUGGGUUUACCAGAAGCAGAAGAGGAAGACAGUAAGACCACAGAGCUCACGGACCUCUUGGUUCAGGAAAUCAAUGCAGGAAAACAAGUGAAAGUUCCAAGUAUGCUCUACGAGCUAAACUCGUCCCUCUACUAUUUCUGCAAAGCCAAAAUGCAAGGAGAUGCCUUAAUAACCUACAGGAAAAUCCCCAAGAUGAAAAUCCCACCAACUGUCCAAAGUUUUUGGAUCUUGAUCGACAUGUACUCAUCUCUAGGCAUGUACAGGGAGAUCACGAUCGUCUGGGGAGAUAUUAAAAGGAACAUUGCGAGCAGAAGCUUAACGGUAACACAAGAUCUGUUAGAGAAGCUUGUGGUGAACUUUCUCAGAGGAGGGUAUUUCGAGAGAGUAAUGGAGGUUAUCAGUUAUAUGAAGGAGAACGAUAUGUAUAACGAUCUAACCAUGUAUAAGAAUGAGUAUCUUAAGCUUCAUAAGAAUCUAUACAGAGCCUUGAAAGCAGUAGACGCUGUAACAGAAGCUCAAGCCCAGAGAUUUGAGCAUGUCAAAACCUUCAGGAAACUAGUUGGCAUAGUAUGAUUGUAUGAUUUUAAUUCUUAUCCCCUGUAGUGUAUAACUUCAACCAAUUUUGGUUUAAAUGUGAAAUCAAAAGGUUUAAUUCUUAUAAAUCUUGGGCCUUACAUAUAUAAAAAGCUAAAUGGGCCUGAUUUAUAUC